AUGGCAUCCAUCCAACGGUCUAAUCGUCGCAUCGUCGGCGUCUCGACAAAGCUGUACUUCUCCGCCGCCCGCACCCGGGAGUAUGUCGAUCAGCUCCUGCAACUCCUCUCUGCCGACUCUUCAGUCCUCAACGACAUUGACGUCUUCAUCAUCCCCGACCACGUCACACUCGUAUCAGUCAUCAACCAAGUCAAGGACCACAAAAUCUGGUGCGGUGCUCAGGAUACCUUCUGGGAGGACAGCGGCGCCUACACAGGCGAGGUAUCAUCUUCAGUCCUAGCCGAAGUUGGAACCCGCCUCGUCGAGGUCGGACACGCAGAGAGACGUCGAAUCUUUGGUGAAACGGACGAAAUCACGGCAAAGAAAGCAGCCGCAGCCGCGCGGAACGGGAUGAUCCCCCUGGUCUGCAUCGGCGAGCAAACCCGGGGCGAAACCCACACCACAGCCGUGACCCAAUGCCAAACCCAGAUCGAAGCCGUCCUAUCAGCCGUCCCGGAAGAUGCCGAAGUAGUCUUUGCCUACGAGCCAGUCUGGGCAAUCGGAGCAGCGCAGCCAGCUGCUGCCGACUACGUCGUCGGGGUCACGUCUGCGAUUCGGAAGCUGGAGAGCAUCCAGAAGAGAAGCGGGUCUACGAGGAUUUUGUACGGAGGGAGUGCGGGACCUGGGUUGUUUGAGAAGCUCAAGGAUGGUGUUGAUGGGCUGUUUUUGGGGAGAUUUGCUCAUGAUCCUGAGAGGUUUGUCAAGACGAUUCGGGAGGUUGCCCGGGGAUGA